CUAACCGUCAUCUUCUUCGACUUCACCGCCCAAACAAAAACCAUCCAUCAUCACACUCAUAAACCUUCAAACUAAAUUAAUAGUUAAAAUAGGGAUCAUCUUUCACGUCUCCGUCACCGGCGACCAUCUAACGGAGUGUAAUCAAUCAUCAAAUAGAAGAUGGAUAUGAGUAAUUUGAGGCGUACACAUGGUGGAAGUGGCGAUGUUGGCGACUCCUCUCUGCAAUCUGGUGAUUGGAGGACUCAAUUGCGAGCAGCUGCAAGGGAAAGGAUGGUGAACAGGAUAAUGGUUAAAGUGAAGAGGUAUCAUCCAUACUCUGGACAUGAGGAGCUACAAGAACUUAGAAAAACAUGUGCGAGGUUUGAAGAGCAGAUUUAUAAUGCUGCAACAAGCCUGUUUGAUUAUAUGCGGAAGAUAUCCUUUAAGAUGCUGACAAUUGACACUAGACCACGAAGACCCAUGCCAUUGGCAUAUGCUAUGUAGUCAAACUCUGGUGCUAUUAAUGGAAACCCCUCAAAUCCAGUACCAAUGGCAGAAGACCACGAUAAUGAAUAAACCAAUGGUGGGAAACCACAUGAUGUAUAAUGAUGUAUAUACAAGUAUUUGUUGUGUUUUGUUUAAUGAUGCAAAUCGAUAUGCAUAUCAUGUGUGCACUAUGCAUUGUAAUAGUUUGUUUAUAUUGUCAAUAUGUUUUGAUCCAUAAGGAUUUAUUGAUGAGAUUCAUAAUAUAUAGAACUCAAUAACUAAAUUGUGUGAAGCUAAAAAGUGAUUAUGCGGUUUUUUAUUUAA